UAGGAUACAAAAAAAAACGGUCCGGAUGCUAUGUCCAGUAUCCCAACUCGUAUUAUAUCAGCUAAAAAGAUCACCCGCGAGAGCUAUAGAAGCUUUAGUAUUUGGCGCGUUGACUCCGCCCCCUCCUGACUCCAGAAGGUGGAAAAUCCCGUCUUAACUCAAAUCCUCAUUUCCGCGUCCAGUGCCCUUCAUUCACAACGCGUCCUGCUGUUUCUUCCUGGCUUUUUUUUUCUCUUUUUUCAAUUUUCUCAACCGAGAAAAGGCCAGAUCUUCCGGUUGAUGGAAGAAGUGGUUCCCUACUUGUUCACUUGAAGAUGAAUUGCUGAGCUGCUCCUGCCGUGUGCCUGAUCUAACCGCACACCGCUGCGUGCCUCUGAUCACCGGCUCUCCAGCGGAUGCUCCCCGAGGCACAACCACCUCAGCCGCCGGUACCAACUCAUCACUCCGUCGUAUUCAAGACAGAUGCGGUAGACAUGAGAAACAGCGCGAUGGAGCCGCUGAUCGCAUGCUGAUGUUUGCGUCCACGAUGGAUUCUUGUAUGUCCGCCUUAAGCUUCCGAUUUAACGGCAUCAUAAAUGGAGGAGGAGAGUGACAACCGCAAGAUCAACAACAGCUUCCUUCGGGAUCACAACUAUGCAACAGAAGCUGACAUCAUCUCUACAGUUGAGUUCAACUCAACAGGGGAGCUCUUGGCCACUGGGGACAAGGGAGGACGUGUGGUGGUUUUCCAGAGGGAGCAGGAGAGUAAGAACCAACCUCAAAGGAGAGGAGAGUACAACGUUUACAGCACAUUUCAGAGCCACGAGCCGGAGUUCGACUACCUAAAGAGUCUUGAGAUUGAGGAGAAGAUCAACAAAAUAAGGUGGCUGCCCCAGCAGAAUGCGGCUUACUUCCUUCUCUCCACCAACGAUAAAACUGUGAAGCUGUGGAAGAUCAGUGAGAGAGAUAAAAGACCAGAGGGCUACAAUCUGAAGGAUGAGGAUGGGAGGAUCCGAGACCCUGCCACCAUAACGUCACUACGGGUGCCCGUGCUGAGGCCAAUGGACCUCAUGGUGGAGGCGACGCCCAGAAGGGUUUUCUCCAACGGCCACACAUACCACAUCAACUCCAUCUCGGUUAACAGUGACUACGAGACAUACAUGUCCACGGAUGACCUUAGGAUCAACCUGUGGCACCUGGAGAUCACCAACAGAAGCUUCAACAUUGUGGACAUUAAACCAGCCAACAUGGAGGAGCUGACAGAGGUGAUCACAGCAGCAGAGUUUCACCCUCACCAGUGCAACACUUUUGUCUACAGCAGCAGUAAAGGCUCCAUCCGUCUGUGUGACAUGAGGGCCGCUGCGCUCUGUGAUAACCACUCCAAGUUCUUUGAAGAGCCCGAGGACCCAAGCAACCGGUCCUUCUUUUCUGAAAUCAUCUCAUCCAUCUCUGAUGUCAAGUUCAGCCACAGCGGACGCUACCUGAUGACCAGGGAUUACCUGACGGUUAAGGUGUGGGACCUGAACAUGGAAAGCAAACCCCUGGAGACCUAUCAGGUACAUGACUACUUGAGGAGUAAACUCUGCUCCCUGUAUGAGAACGACUGCAUCUUUGACAAGUUCGAGUGUGUCUGGAAUGGAUCAGACAGCAUGAUCAUGACCGGAUCAUACAACAACUUCUUCCGAAUGUUCGACCGCAAUACGAAACGGGACGUGACUCUGGAGGCGUCGCGGGAGAACAGCAAGCCGCGGGCCGUCCUGAAGCCACGCAAGGUGUGUGUAGGUGGAAAGCGGCGCAAGGACGAAAUCAGCGUUGACAGCCUGGACUUCAGCAAGAAAAUCCUGCACACCACCUGGCACCCCUCAGAGAACAUCAUCGCCGUAGCCGCCACUAACAACCUCUAUAUCUUCCAGGAUAAGGUCAACUAACACAGACACAGCUUGGGUGGCCCUGCACACACACACACACACACACACACACACACAAACACACACACGCAUGGACACACACAGACAGGCAGACUGGAGUGCCUGAUUGCUGCAUGGGGCCAGUGUUUGGCUGCAGGAGCCAUGAUGCUGGUGGAAUGUGAACUUUUUGUGCUGAAAGACGCUGGGAAUGUGAGAUGGAGUGGAAUACAGAGAGCUUGACCAGACCGAAAUUAAAAACACAGGCAUGUUGCGCACUGGAGAGUGUGAAUAAGAUGUGCUAUGCUAUUUUGCAUAACCCAUUCUACUGUCCUAUUUUCUUCACCACACCACAUUUCCUCUCUUUCCCUCUUUAACAUCCUUUAUUUAUUCUAUUUAUUUACUUCUCCAUUUGAAGGAAAUGCCUGAUGUUUUAAAAUUGAAACAGGGCUGCAUUACAUGCACUGUUUUUUAGUAUUAUCAGGUUUAACACAUCUGACUCUAAGGACGGUGUCGAUAAGCUUUGUUUGGUCUGUUUUUCAUUGACUCUCGCAUCAGUGCCAAGGCUUGUGACACCAAAGGGCACUCUAUAAUGAAGCUGACAAAGGUCUAGACAGAAAGGACGCAGUUCCAUUCCCCAAUGCCCUUCAUUCACUACACAGCUGUCAAUGAAACUGAACUGGACUAUGGACAUGGCCAUGCACACUGAUGCUAAGGCCAUAUACAAUCACGGGACAUCAUUAUAAUUCUUUGCUACCUGAUUCUUUGAGAACAUGGAGGUAUAAGUGGUCUGAAGUCAUCAACGUUGCCGUUUUAUUCGUCUUUUUAUGUUAAUGUUUCAUUAAAUAAGCUGUGGUGCCUUCUUUUCGUAUGUGGACUUGAGAGCAGUUGGGAAGGGGGUUGAUGGGAUGUGAUCCUGUUUUUGGGUGGUGUGAUAUGUUGGUUUGUGGAAUGUGACUGUUUUUUUUUUUUUUUAAUGAAAUGUGGACUGAAUAGCUUUGUGUAAGAAAAACGAAUGAAAAUGAUGUAAUCAAGUACACAAAAUGUAAGUACUUGAAUUUUGCAAAACAGGUCAUGAUGUCAGCUCUGUAGGCUUAUGAUUUAUGAAGUCUAUGUCCCUGGAUUUGACUCAUUCAGUGCAGUGUUAGGUGAAAGCUGUUAUUGCACUCGUGACGAAUCGCUCUAAUUAAUUUAAGAGAAUGUCUGCUCAGCAGGGUGCAAACUGCAGCAUGAAACACUUUUGCCUCUUAUUCAAACAGCUCACAUGUUCCACUGUUGUGCAUUUCUCUCAGACAGCUAAUGCACCAUCCUACUUUGAAGUAUGUUUCAUGAUGUGGAAGAAAGUGAAAGGCCGGCGAAUAAUGUAGCCUAACUAGACAUGAAGAAUAUAUGAUAUCAGGGAAUUUUAGGUACAAGUCCUUUAAAAAAAGUAACAUCUAACCAAUUUCAGUUGAAAACUUGUUAAAGAAACAAAGUUUUAUAGCUCAGAAUGUAUUUAAAUGCAAUUGAAUGACAUGCAGUCUUUAUGCUUAAUGGAAUUUGUUGAAAUAAAAAAUGAAAACAUGUGCAAGUUGAAAUAGUUUGAUUUUGACUUACUUUGUCUGACUCACUUUCUGGAUGACCACAGUCCUACAGAGAUUUGUCUUGAAGCUGAUGUGUGUGUUUAUAUUAUGUAUUAAAGCUAAACUGCACAUCAUAACCUUAAAGUGGAUCAAGUGUGCCCCCGUGUGGCCAUUCAGAGCAAAAUCUGUUUGGUUUUGUCCAAAAAGCACUUAGUACCGUCACUGCUGUAAACACUACCUGUGGUAAAUAGCAUAACAUAUGGCGUGAAUUACUACACUCCCAGAGGAAAAUAGUACUAAACUGUACCAUCCCAUGUCACUGGGGUUGUACCAUCAACCUUUUGUACCUUAGAGUGGUGUAUAUAGCAUACCCUUAAAGCUUUACACAAAAAAGGCAAUUAUGGUCCAAGUAAGUACCUUAAAUCUUUUUUUAAAGAACACUAUAUUCACAUUUCCAGGUGAAAGAUACAAAAAGAUAAAACUAGACUAAAGUGUCAAUAUGGAAAGAGCAAACCACUUCAACACCGAUUCUGGGUUUAAUAAGUAAAUAAAUAAAUACUAGAAAAGAAGUGAUAAGAGGACCACUGCAUUAGACCACAAAUAUUAGACAGGAAAUGGGGAUAUAGGGUUUAAAUUUAAUAAUUUUAUUGUGGCAGUUGUAUACAGUGUUUUACUAUCAAAAAAGCUUUAGUUGUGCUGUCCGUUUCAUCUCUGUACCAGUGUUAUUGUGGAGAGGUGUGAAUUUUCAGCCCAGAAGGGGGCUCACAUCCAUCCCAUUUCCCAUCACUCUGCUCACCAGCAGUUAAACACAAAGUCACAAUACUCUACACACAGAAACCCAACUGACUAAUCUUAUAACAGACUUGCAGUGAUAAAAUAAUUGAUUCGUUUAUACUGAUUGAUAAUGUCCGAUAAGUCAGUUUCCAUUCCGGAAUGGCGGACUGGUAAAAAGGGUUAAACCAGACAUAUUAGAUCGUCAGUAACACAGCAGGUAGCUGCCUCCAACUCCAGUCGCCAGUUCAAUCCAGUAAAUUGCUCCUAGGUGUGAGUGUGUGUGUGUGUGUGUGUGUGUGUGUGUGUGUGGUCCAUCUUCUUGUG